UUCAAAUUAUUUUUUUUUCCUAUGGCCAAAUGGCUAUUCUUAAUAUUAUUUAUUUAACUUAUUUGUUGAGUUACCAGUAACUAUUAAUUUUAACUAAUGUGCCAAACUUAAUACUAUUCUUAACACAGUAUCUCUGAUAAAUCGCUGAAAUGUACAAAACUGAAGUUGACAUUCCUCCCGUAGUACGGAAACGACUAACACAUCUCUUUGGUCUUAUUGAAAAGGAAUUUGAAUCUGUAUGCCAGGAAAAUGUUGUGCUACAGGAAAAAAUUGAUUCACUUAAUGAAAAAAUCAAUGAAAAGUAUUUUACAACCGAACAAUUUCAAGUAAAUUCAAAACAAAAACCGCCCACAGGCCAAAAACUUAAAACUGCUGAAAAAUUAAAAGCACAAACUAGUAAAAUAGUUUCUAGCUUUAAAAGCCCGUCAGUAGCUAAUUGCCAGUUUGUGAAAGAGUAUAGUGGACACAGGGAUGGUUUGUGGGAUGUAGCGUUACCUCAUACAGGGCAACCUGUAAUUGGAUCUUGUUCAGCGGGUAUGAAAUGACCUUAAAUUUAUUGAUUUCUUUCUUAUAAUUAAUGUCAUUUCAUUUAUUAGAUCAUACAGCAAGAAUAUGGUGUAUUGAAACUGGUACGCCACUUUUACAAUACACUGGCCAUAUGGGAUCUAUUAACUCCAUAAAAUUCCAUCCAAACAAAGAUUUGGCCCUCACAUCAAGUGGUGAUCAAACAACUCAUAUUUGGCAAGCUGCUGUUAAUUUAGAUAAUUUAGUGAGUGCAUUGUACCUAUAUUUAUUUUAUACUACUUUUUUAUUGCAUGAUUUCUACUGUAAUUUUAAAGUGACCAUAAACAUUAAAAUAUUUUAGCUAGGUAUUCAGUUUAUAUUAAUUAUUUUAGUUACAUAAAGAUUUAUAUUUUUUUUUAGAGGGAACGAGAGUCUGAUGAUACCGAAACAGAGGAAGACCGGGCUGUUCCGAUACUACGUACACCUUCAUGUACAUUUUCAGGACAUAAUGGACCAGUAAUGGCUAGUGAUUGGUUAUUAGGCGGUGAUCAAAUUAUUACUGCGUCAUGGGACAGGACUGCUAAUUUGUAUGAUAUCGAAACUAGUGAACUGCUAAAUUCACUUACCGGUAAGAUUUAAGUACCUUUCACCGCUUAAUUAAUAAUUGUAUUGAAUUGUUUUUAAUAAAAAAUAUGUCUUUAAAACUAAUUUAUUAAAUGAUUUUUUUAAACAUUUAGAUAAAAUCUUUGCUCACCCCAUUUUAUGCUUCAAUAACAGUUUUAUUUAAAUUCUUUUCUUUUCUUUUUCAAUUGAUGUGUACAUAACUACUAUAGUAUUUUUCAUGCAAAUAUCUAAAAUAUGCAGACACUUAAAUGUCUUAAUGACACUUAAAAGAGAAGUUGAAUGAUUACUGUAAGCUGGGAUGUUAAAAGGGAAAUUAAUUAAUAAGUCAGGCUCAUCAAUUAAACCAUUAACUAAUUUAUAAACAAGGGAAAUAGCCGCUAGGUCACAUCUAGAAGCAAGAGUUGGAAUUUCUAUGUAACCAAUAUUGGUCUUUUCUCCUACAUGACUGGUUAGGUCAUACUAAACAUAUAAGUUAUGCAUUAAUUAUUAUUAUUUAUAAGUUCAUCAUAUUUAUUAUACAAUUAAUUACUUAAUAUGGCCAGUCAAAUAGUCAGUCACAAGCAAAAAAAAUGUAAUCUGAACAUUGAUGGUUAUUUGACUUGCGUCAAGUUUACCAACAAUAUAUAUUUAUAUACGACUGGGACAUUAACACCAAACUCACCAGUCAUGUGAGUCCAGGAUUAAGAAGUUAAAUAUCAACAAAAUUAAUAAUCAGUUGACGAUUUUCAUUUGACACUUUAAAAAUAUGUACUUAUAAGCUUUAUUUUUUUAUAAGGUAAACUUUAUUCAAAAUAAAAUUAACCAUUCAGUUUUUUUAUUCCAUCCCAACUUGAAAUAAUAAUCUGUUGUUAUAUCACAUAUUAUGCUAAUUUUUAAAAAAAAAAUGAAUAACUAUACUUUAAUUAGAAUAAGAUUGCACCUUGUGCAAAACAAAUGAUAUGACGUUCAAGUUCAUGCCUGUACGGCAAUUCAGUAGUGGGGGUAUUUGUAUAAUUUAUUAUAAUCGUACAUGGGCGAACCUGUGUGUUCUUAUUCUGGUUAAAGUACAGUACCAUUUGUAAUAUAAAAACACUAAAUUUUAAACAAUAAAAAAUUAAUGUUAAGAAUAGAAAGUUAAUAUUACACCUGUAUGAAUUAUAAAAGUAUAAUUAUUUUAUUCAAAUAGGGCAUGAUGAAGAGUUGACUUAUGCUUCUUCUCACAAUUCCCAAAAGUUGGUUGUUACUGCAUCUAGAGAUACAACAUUUAGAUUAUGGGAUUUCCGUGAAGCUAUAAAUUCAGUUUCCGUUUUCCAGGGUCAUACAGAGUGAGUUUCAGACUAAUAUUUUUAAAACAAUGUAUAGUAACAUUUACAUUUUUGUAGUACGGUAACUUGUGCGGUUUUCACAUCUGCUGGACUUGGGGGUGAAGAUAAAUUGGUGUCUGGGUCAGAUGACCGAUCCAUAAAAGUAUGGGAAUUACGUAAUAUGCGUUCUCCAAUUACUACCAUUAGGACUGACUCUGGUGUAAAUCGUUUCGCCAUUGCUUCUAACGGAGUUAUUGCUAUUCCUCAUGACAAUCGACAAGUUAUGUUAUACGAUAUUACUGGCCAACGAGUUACCAGAAUACCCAGAACAGCAAGAAAUGUAAGCAAAAUAUACUUAAUUUCUUCAGUAAUCAAUGAUUUAUUUUAAUAUAUGAAACUCAAUGUACGUUUCAAAUGAAAUAUCCUGAUGUAAUACUUUUUUCUGAAAGGAAAUUUUAUCUAGGUGGUACUUUAAGGAGAUGUUUUUGAUUUUCUAAGCAUUUUUUUUUUUUGUUUUUAUAUCCAAGAAAACGGUUUAAUUUACAUUCAUGUGUAAAAGAAACUUUACUCAAAUUUUUUUAUUAGGAAUGGUUUAUCGUUCCAUAUAGAUAUAGAUUAAAUUCCCCUUAUAUCCUACCUUUACAACUUCACACCUAUAACAGUAUCCCACCCAAUCGUGCAAAGUAUGUUUUUUUUUUAGUCUUUAUAUACAAAUAUGAAAAUUUCAAAUAUUUAUUUGUGUUAAUUUUUAGAGUCACAGACGUAUGGUUACUGCCGUUGCAUGGAGUGAAGACAAUCCUAUUGCAAAUUUAUUUUCUUGCGGAUUCGAUCGGUUAGCACUAGGAUGGUCUGUACAAUUAUGCAAAGAUUGAUUGUUAACAAUUUUAGUUAAAACCAAACAUGACAACGUAGAACUUGAAUUGAUUAACAUUGGAAUGUUGCAUGCAAUUAAAAUGUUUAAAUGAAUAUGUUAUUCUGAUAUUUAAGUUCAAGUUUUAUGUAUAACAUCACUGUAUUAUAAACUCUUUUAAGGAAAAUUUUUUUCUGCUUCCUAUUAUGUUUGAGUGUGUGUUCUUACUAUUUUCUGUCAAACUAGAAUUUUAAAAUAUUUAUUGUAUUUAUGUUGUUAUAGAUUUUCUUUCAACCUUUUAUUUAUUGUUAAUAAUUUGAAUGUAUUAGAAUAAAUUAAUCAAAACAAGUUAUUGUAUAAUAUUUAUAAUUGCAAUUAAUAUGUUCGUUCUCAUAUUUGUCUUUUAAAUAUCAAUACUUUAUCAUAAGUGCAGUAAGACAUGUCAAUGAUAGACUUGAUAAAACGAAAAAUUUAAAUCUUAUCUUAAUUUAAACUUCUAAAACACAUACAUUUUCUUUGGUACCUUGCUGUUCUUUUUUAGACAGUUUUUACUGUACUUAUAUCAAAAUUAAAUUUGACUAACUUAACAAAAAUAAAAAUAUAUUAUGAUUAAAGUAACAAAUAUAUCAUAUAUAUUAUUUACUUAAUACAUUAGUACUUAUUCAAUACAAAUAUUUAAUUAAAUAAAUUAGUACUGUGAAGAAAACAUUAUAUAAAUAAUUAUUUUAAUUAUAUUAGAUAGUAAUAUUGUUGUGAUCAAACAUAUUUUGUGCAAAUAAACAAAAUACAUAUUAUACUUUAUUUAACAUUUAAUGCAACAAAAAUUAUUGCACAUUUGAAUUGUCUUUUUUUUCAAUACUUUGUGUUUAAAUUAAUUCUUCUAUAUUAAAAAUAUUACCUUCAAAUAUAUUAUGAUAACUAUUUUAAAAUGUAGUUUUUGUGCACAUUUAUUUGAAUAUAUAUUAUCUGUAAAUUAUUCAAUUACAUUAAUAAUUACAUGUUGCAUAGGUGUAAUAUGGAUAUGAAACAUUAGGUUGAAAGAGUACCCCCAUAACUUGAUAUGCUAUUUCUUUUUUUUUUUAAAUUAAAUUAUUUAUUUUAUGAAUUAUCUUGAAUUCUCAACACCAGCUAUUUUUAAACCUUUUCUGAGAAGUUACCAGGAUACUAUCUAAGCUGAGGACAAAAAUUAAAGGAUUCAGAUGAUAUACAAGGCAAUUGACAAAGACAUUGCUACUUCUGAAACUGUUUUUUAAUUUCAAUUGUAGGGUAUAAUUAUUCAAUGCUAAGAUUGACACAUAAGUAAUUACACAAAAAUACUUGUUAUCACUUAUCAUAUUAUUUGUAUUGUACAUUGGAUUCAUGUCCAUAAAUAAGACUAAAAUAUAAAUAAAUAAAUGGACUGAGUAGCAGUAUUUCAGCCUUUGGUCUGUAAUUUUCAGGUUAAGUUUAAAAUACUUUUCUAGAAGUGAGUAUAAAGAUUUAUCUUUGGAGAUUAGCAAAUCAUUUUUAUUCUAUAUGUUCGACCCAAUUUAAAAAUGUAUAGUGUCAAAAGUAUAUAUCAGACACUGGAAAUUGAUGGUAUAAUUUUAAUUAAAAGAAAAAUCAUAGGAGGAAUACUUUAAAAUAAUAUGAGAAAAGAUUUCCUAAUUAUUUUAAUUUUUUUUUUCUUUUUUGAAUACCAUAUCAAGGUGAUUUUUUAAGUAAUGAAUGGAAAUCAAUAGGCUGUCAUGAGAGGGUGUAAACUGAUUUCUAGAGAAUAACUUCCAAGUCCCAAUAUAACAGAUACAAAUAAAAUAACUAUUGGUAUUUAAGAAAUACUAGAAACAGUUUUGUUCAACAUUAUGAGGUACCUAUUGUUGAAAUAUUUGUUUAACUAUAUAAAUAUUUAAUAUAAUUAUAUAAAUUAUUAAGAAUACUAUCAUUACAAUGAUACAACCUGCACCGAUUUUUAGUGAAUUGAUAAUUAAAAUAUUAUCUACUUAUCUACACAGUACACAAGACUUGUUGAAAUUAUAUAUAAUAAAAAUUUAAAUUAUAGAUAUGGUCUGGCUAAAAGAAAAGUAAAAAUCAAAAACAUAAUAUAAAUCAAUAUAUCCGUUUUAAACGAUUAUUACUAAUUUUUUGAAGAUAUUAGGUAGUUAACAAAAGCACUAAACAAUUUUAUAACAAUAGAAUAGACUUCAUUGCAUGACGUUUUAUUGAGAGUAUAAAAAAUAAUAAUAAGUAAACAAGUAUAAUACGCAUAAGCUAUUCAUUAUGUUUUAAGUGUAGUCUUUGAAUUAUUAAUGAAACCAUAAAAAAUAAAUUAAGUUAUAACAAGCUUUCGUUAAUUUACAAAAUAAAUGCAUAUUUAUUUGAUCGAAAUACACAAAAAUUAUUUAUAAGAACAUAUUUAAAUAAAAUAAUAAUAAUAAUAGAAAUAAUAAUAAUAAUAAUAAUAAUAAUAAUAAUAAUAAUAAAUAAAAAAUGUAUGAUUUCAUAAAAAGUAAAAAAUAAAAUAAUAAAUAACAUACCACUAAAAGCAAAUAUAGCUGUUAAAAAUAAUAUAAUUAUUAUAUCAUCUGCUUAUUUCUUUUUUUUUUCAUAUUAUUAUUUAUUAGGUAAUUUAAGUAAACAAAAGGUUGUUAUAAUAACUAAUUGUUAAUUUAUCAAAAAAUAAAUAAUAACAAAAUAUAUAUUGUAUUGUGCUAGUGUCUGUGCCACUGGUUAAGUUUGUGCUAAAUAGAUAAUAUGUCAAACUAUGACAUAAUAUUAACAUAAAUAUUUUCAAAAAUUCAAUACAUUAUACAUACAUACAUACAUAUAUAUAUAUAUAUAUAAAAUAAUAAUAAUUAAUAUUGAGUAAUAAUUGUAUAAAAAUAAAUAUAUUGUAAAAACUCAUAAUUAGGGGAUAAGCUAUGGUAAUUCAUAAAGUACUAUAUGUAUAUGAUUAUAUUGAUACCUUUUGGUUUUAACAAUUUUACUAUAUAAGAAAAUAUUUACAGAAACUGUAAUUAUUGUUCAAAAUAUAAAUUUUAUUCAAUUUGAUCACAAAUACCCCAAUAUAAAAAUGUAUUAGACAUAAAUAAAUGAUAAAAUGUGUUUCUUUGGGAAAUAAUGUUAAUGUUUUAUGAUACUUUAGACUAGUUUAUCAAUAACUAACACUUGAAAAACACAUAAUGAAAGUAAUUCCAACAGUUCAGGGGAAAAGUACUUAACAACAUUUUUAAUAACAAUACUUUUCAUUAUCAUGAAUUACUAGUUAAAUAUUUAUAUGUUAAAGAAAAUAAUAUAAGAAUAAUAAUUGAAAACUAAAUAUAAAAUUGAGUGGCAUAUUUAAGCUAAUCAAUAUUAGCAUAAUGAACUAUAAUUAUUCUUAUUCAAUUUUAAAAUAUAUACUCCAGUAUGUUAAUUUUUAUAAAUAUAUUAAUUUGUUUGGAAAUUUUAAAUUUAUAAAAAAUAUUACCAAUAAAGCAUUAGAAUUUUAAACUACAUUUCUUAAGCAUCAUUUGAUAUGUAUUAAUAACAUAUUUAUUAUGAAAUAUUUUUUUUUUUCAGGCAGUAAAUAUAUUUAAAAAAACCAAGUAUUGCAGAAAUAUUAUAAUACUGACAUUUUAUUUUUUAAAAAUGACAAAUCCCACAUUAGUGUUAAUAGUUAUAUCACACAGCAUUAAAGUUAAUAACCACACAUCCAAAAAAAUAUACGUCUCUUCUUAUUCUUCACAAUAGAUAUAAAAAUAAUAAAGAUGUGAUCAGAAUAAAGAAUAUCUAAGGUCACUCUUUUAAAUAUUAUAACUGAUUUUGGACCCUAAUAUUUAUUAACCUAACACAAAAAAAAUGAAUUUUGUUAAAAAUUACCUACACUAUAUUAUUAUGAUUGUAAGGUAAUAUUUUUUUAUUUUGAGUCAACUCAAUAAUAAGAAAUAUAAAAUAGUGUUCAAUUUAUAUAACAGUCAUGAAAAGUUAUUCUAGGUCGUAAGAGCUGAUCAAAAAUAUAUAUAAAUAUAUUAUAACUUUAAAAAAGUAAACAUUUUUAAAUAUUAGAACUAAAAUUGACAAUUUUAAUGUAACCUUAUCCCCUUUCUAUAUAAAAACAAAAUUAAAACCUGAUAGUUAACUUCAAAAAUAAAGUUUUUUAUUGAAAUAUUCUUGGCUAAACCCGGAAGACUGAUACGCGAGAAUAAAACUUAAAUUUAAAAAAAAAAAACGAUGGCAAUUUUCAUAUUUGUUUUUCAAUAAUUUAAAGUAAACGGCAUAGCCCCUUCUUUCUCUUUUUAACCUGUAAAGCUGCUCUAGUCGAAGUUUCAAACACUUCACGAACGCCCUCCUUACUUUUAGCUGAACAUUCCAAAUAAGCAAACGCAUUAAUCUUUUCUGCCAUUGCUCGCCCUUCUUCUGGUCUCACCGGUUCUUGUUUCAUCUUGCUUAGCUCACGAAUUGUGUUUGGAUCAUUGCGCAAGUCUUUUUUGUUGCCAACCAAUAUAAUCGGUACAUUUGGACAGAAAUGUUUCACCUCUGGUGUCCAUUUUUCUGGUAUAUUUUCCAAUGAAUCUGGUGAGUCUAUGGAGAAACACAUAAGAAUCACAUCUGUAUCGGGAUAAGACAGCGGUCUUAGUCUAUCGUAAUCUUCUUGACCUGCUGUAUCCCACAACGCUAACUCUACUUGUUUACUAUCCACUUCAAUAUCAGCUACAUAGUUCUCAAACACUGUAGGAACGUAUACUUCUGGAAACUGAUCUUUGGAAAACACAAUUAACAGGCAAGUUUUUCCACAAGCACCAUCACCGACGAUGACAAGUUUCUUUCUUAUGGCGGCCAUAGUAUGAAUUCUGAAAAGAAAAAAGUAUUCAAUGUGUACUGAUCGUAAAAACAAAGUAUGAUUCAACUGGCCUAAUCAAAUACACACACACAAACGCACACACACACACACACACACAUACAUACGCACACAUAUAUAUAUUAACAGAUUACAGAAAGUAAAAAAAUUAUAAACGUACAAUUAAAGAUAGUUUUAAUUUUACAGUAUAUGUAUUGCAAUUCAAUAUACAAUAGAAAUAUACUUGUUAUUAAUUUAUUGUUACUUUAUUUUUUUUAAUGAAUUUAAAAUAAUAAUUGAGGUGUUUAAUUGAAUAUAAAAGUAAAAAUAAACAAAA